AUGCCCACCGCGACCAACACCAACAGCCUGAGGGCAACGAGGCACAAGCCGUCGGCCCUGAUGCCGCUUCCCCUCAGCGUCACCUCCAUCUUCAGCGACGUCGUGGCUUUUCGGUACGAGAACACAGUGCAGGCCGAACCACCUAUUCUGAUGCCGCCUCGCUCCCUCGCCGGAACUGCUCCUACUUCCCCCAACACCUCAACAACCAACUUGGCCUCGAGCAGAAGAACAUCCGUCACCACAACGAGGUCUGCGCCGCGCCCGCCCACCUCGCCCUGCACCUCCUCGCCCCGGUCCCCGCCCACAUCUCCCUCCGCCGCCCGUAACCCCCCUUCUCGUGUCGUCGUCGUCGCGCCACCGAACGAGCAGCACCCUGCGCUCCGCAGUCUAUUUGCCAGCCGCGACACAUCCAUCCCCCCCGAGGAGGCGUGGAAGCGCGACUCGGGCCUCGCACGCACCACCUCAUCAACCACCCUCUUUGACGAGGACGAGGACGACGAGGACAGGGACAAGCUCCACGAUAUUGCCUUGUACGACAAGCAUUUUGAAGCGGGCGUCACCGUGACCACAGCACCGACACCAUCCCCACCCUCCCUUCACGACACGGAAUCAGUCUACUCCACCGACGAUCAGCCCGAGCAUCCAUCCCUGCCCUCACCACUCCCCAUCGCCUGCGUCACCUCGUCAACCGUGUCAUCCAUCGCAGGAGAGUCAGCGCCGCCGCCACCGUCCGCACCUACACCGGCCCGCCGACUCAUCAAGAGCCUCAGCUUGCGGACCUUGAACACGACCAAACGUUUCCAACGGAACAAACAGCUCUCGCUAAGCGAAGAAACAAGCCCCAUCUCAGCCACAUCAAGUGCCGCCCCCAUGCCCUUGCUCUCGCGGGGGUCCGCAGCGUGCCAGGGCCAGCAGCAUGCCAGCCCCGUCCCGCAUCACAAUCUCCAUGACCAUCCCAGUUCCCCAGCCAGCACCAGCGAGAAAUCGCCUAAUCUGUCCCCUGUCGCCGUCGCCUCGUCGCCGGCGCCGCACCUGCCCGCUGACGCCCCCGCCGACCCUGACUUUUCGCCCCUUUCCAUCGCCAUCCCGAACGACGCGUUUCUCGACGAUGAUUUCCUCUCCAACCUGAGCUUCUCCCAACGCGGCAGUGUCAUGUUCAGCGGUCGACGCGCAGUCUCCCAGCCCACCGACAGCACCAUGGAGGCCGAAGGCGACGUGCACCCACCGCCGACGGCCGUGUCGCAGAAGGCGCACUCCGAGGACGUUGCCAGCCCCAGCAUCGCCAUGACGACCACCACCGCCACCAGCGACACCGCCCUCGAGACGGCAUCCCAGACCACCACCACCCCCAGCAUUCGCCUCCUGUCCCCCGAGGCUGAGAAGGACUCGCAAAAGGUGAGAUCGCUCUAUGAAUCUGGCGAUGUCAUCAAUUGGGAAGACGGAGGACGCCUCUCCCCGCUCGGCGAGCAGAAUGAACCCGUCCCGAGCGAGGAGCUGGAGAAUGACCCGGUCUCCGAACUGCAACCUCCUCUCGCGUGGCCUACACCGCGCUCCGCAACCUCUUCGUCCUCCCGACCCGAGCAGCAGGACGCGCGCCGCGAACAUGAACGCGCCGGCGGCAUUGAAGACUGGGAGGAUAUUGACAAUGCCGAUGUCGACCGCUACGGCUUCAUCGCUCCGCCCCGCAACCCAGACUCGCGCGUCGGCACGCCCACCGAGCUCAAGUCUGCACAGUAUGCUCCUAGGAGGAGGAACCUGUUGAUGAAGCGCGAUCCGUCCGGCGGCCUCUCCAGCCAUCUCGGCGCCGGCGGCCGCUCGCCCAGCAGGAAGGUGUCAGCCCGAUCGCUGAACACGCAGAACUCGGGCUUGUCGGUGCGCUCGCGCCGCUCCACGCGGUCUGCCAUUCGCCAGGCCAGCAACUAUCUACCACACAACCGCAACCGCCGGUGGAUGGACGAGGCCGGCGACAUGCUGACACUCGCUCCAGGCAUGGAAGACGAGGAGAAGGUCGAGAAGAUCUCUGAGGCCAUCAAGAAGAAGGAGUGGGAGCGCUCCGAGAAGUGGCGCAAAAUGGCCAAGGUUGUCAAACAGGGCAAGGACGGUGAGGGCAUGUACUUUGAGUUUGAUGUCAAGAACCCCAAGCUCAUUGAACGCACGUGGAAGGGCAUUCCUGAUCGCUGGCGCGCCUCUGCAUGGUACUCGUUCCUCGCGACGAGUGCGCGCGGCCGGAAGGACUCGGCGCCGGAGGAGGACAUUAUCGCUGCCUUCCGCCGCUACCAGGACAUUGGCUCUCCGGACGACGUGCAGAUCGAUCUCGACGUGCCACGCACCAUCAACCGCCACAUCAUGUUCCGUCGACGCUACCGCGGCGGUCAGCGAUUGCUCUUUCGUGUGCUGCACGCGCUGUCGCUGUACUUUCCCGACGUCGGCUACGUCCAGGGUAUGGCCUCGCUGGCCGCUACCCUCCUGUGCUACUUUGAUGAGGAGAAAUGCUUCGUCAUGCUCGUGCGCAUGUGGCAGCUGCGCGGGCUGGAGGCGCUGUACCAGCCCGGCUUUGAGGGCCUCAUGGGCGCACUUCGGGGAAUUUUGAGGACGCAGCGCAGCUCCGCGUCUGGGACGUUUUCCUGCUUUCUCGGUGAGGCAGCUCCUGAGCAGCGACCCAUGACGGCCAAGUCUGCUGGGCCGCCGUCGGCAGCACUUCCUGUGAUGGGCAUCGAUAUUGUGCACGCAACGAGCGCAGCUCUCAUCAGCGCCCUGGGUGAGGUGCUGCUCGAUUCGGACUUUGAAAACGCCAUGAAGGCGCUGACGUCGUGGAUCCCCAUCAAGGAUGAGGACCUGCUCAUGAAGGUCACCAAGGCAGAGUGGCGGGCGCAGCAGGGGAAGAAGCGGGCCUAG